GCCGUGGUGGGAACCAGCUCCAAGUUCGGUGCCACCAUUAUUCCUCGGGUAGCGGCGCUCUUGCAAGUCAGCCCCGUCACCGAUAUUGUUCAAAUCCUUGCCAAAGAUACCUUCAUUCGCCCCAUGUACGCUGGAAACGCCUUGGCCAAAGUCCAAACCAAAGAAGGCUUCCAAGUCUUAUCAAUCCGACCCACUAGUUUCGAAAAGGCUCCCUUGCAGGACACUACCGUGACGGUAGAAACCAUCGAAGUAGCCGAAUUUACCGACAGUGUUUGGGUUGGAGAAAGUGUGCAACAAUCCGAUCGCCCCGAUUUGGGCAGUGCCGCGGUCGUUGUUUCCGGCGGACGAGGGAUGCAAUCCGGGGAAAACUUUGGGCUCCUCGAACAAUUGGCCGACAAACUCGGCGGUGGUGCCGUGGGCGCCUCCCGCGCCGCCGUCGACGCCGGAAUGGUACCCAACGAUAUGCAGGUCGGACAAACCGGCAAAGUCGUCGCACCCGAUCUCUACCUCGCCGUAGGUAUCAGCGGAGCAAUUCAACAUUUGAGCGGAAUGAGGGAUUCCAAAACCAUCGUCGCCAUCAAUAAGGACCCCGACGCCCCCAUCUUUCAAGUAGCCGAUUACGGACUCGCGCAAGAUUUGUUUGAAGCCGUUCCGGAAUUGACGGAAAAGCUUUAA